AUGGGGAGAAACCAACGGUGGUGCUUCUUGGCGGUGGCGGUCGUGGUCGCGGCAUUGUUACCCGCACCAACCACGGCAGGUCGCCUAGAGUUAAAGAACGAUAUCUCGGGGGUCUCUAAUAUCCGGAAAGCGAAGCUGGCCGUGCGGUGCUGGUCGAACGAGGACGACCUCGGGUGGGUCGUGCUGAAGCCAAGUCAGUCACGGAUAUGGAAGUUCACGACAAUGAACAUGUGGCCGUUCCAAAAAACCGAGUUCCGGUGCCAGUUUCGUAGCGGGUUCGGGACAACGAGCGAGGACGUGAUGACAGUGUUCUCUGUCAAGGAAGGGUUUCGGAGGCAGUGCGGAGAUGGAGGCGACGAGUGCAUUUGGGUAGCGAAGAGAGAUGGUUUCUAUCAAAGGAAGAUCGUAAAAGAUGAUGAUGAUCGCAAGACCUUCGUUGAUGUCCUCAGAAGCAAAUGGGUUUGGAAAUGGUGA